CUCCUAGGACUGUGCAGCCCAGCUAGGCUCAGGGCCUCCACCCUGGGACGGACAGGUAAACGGCCUGAGCCCCUCCCAAUCAGUAGAGAAAGGGGCAGGAGCCUAUGCUGGGGGGCCUGUCAACCUGCCCGCCUUGCACUCUGGGGACUGGAGGAGGAGCAGAGCGCCCAGGCACUCCCCUAGGGCCCUCAGCUGUCCAGGACCCAAGCUAGAGAGUUCCUUCCCCCUGGCACUAGAGCUGGGGGCGGGGGGAGAAGGGAGUGGGGAAGGAAGCCACUAGGCAGGGGGUGCCUCCAGGACUGAGCCUCUGAAGGGGCCGCUUCCAAGCAGCCAUCAGGAGGAAGCCCCGGAGCAGGCGAACUCUUGGACUUCCUGCCCAGGCCCUGCAGGCCCAGUGGAAGGAGGGCAGUGUGUGCUGGGGGGAGGGGUCAUGGGUAAUGAUUGCUCUUCCUCCCCCCAAAGCCCUCCCCAUUCUGUAAGGGCUCCCUGGCACUAGAGGAGGGGGCUUCUCUUCUGUAAGAACAGCGAAUUGUUUCAGCUAACCUGAGAGGCCCCAGCUCAGGGUCCAGAGAGCCUCUGAUUCCCAGCUAGCAGUGGGCUAUGCAAACGAGAGUCAGAUAUGCAAAUAUACACAAAGCUGCUGCCAGGCCUCCUGAGCCACGGAUUCAGGAAUGCUGGGAGAGGCAGAGCCACCCACAUGGUGUCUGCUCCUGUCCCCACCGGUCUGUCUCCCAGGUGGCAGGUCCAUCCUACAAUGCCCAUGCUCCACGGAGGGAUGAAGGCAAGCCCCCAGGGGCCAGGAGGAGUGUCCCCAGAGUCAAAUACUCUAUGGCAGAGAAGUUGAAGGGACCCCCACCUGCCCAAUCAAGCAAGGGCAUCCAGAGUUCAGGCCAAGGACCACGAGGACUGGGCUACUCACCCAGAGUCCCCAGUAGUCUCCAAAGGCCAACCCAGACCAUCAUUUCUGGCCACCACUUUGUUCCACACACUGGGAAGAAGGUUCUUCAGCAAGGCAAGAAAGGGGCCCCAAAAGGCUCCAGCUGCCCACCCACCACCUACUGCUUGCCUGCCAGGCCCAAGAACCCUGGGGCUCGGGGUCAGAACCAGCAGAGGCCCAGGAAGAUUGUGUUUGAAGAUGAGCUUCCUGUCAGGAGGCCUGAGGUGACUCCCAGGCUGGGUCCUCAGCCAGACAAGGGCCCCACAGGGUCCAGCCCAGCCCUUCACCCUGGGCACAGCCCUCAGCCUCAGCUGGUACCUGACUAUGUGCUGAGAUACCCAGCAAUCUACAGCGAGGCUGAGAGGCGCCGCUACAAGGCUGUCUUUCAAGACCAACAUGCCGAGUACCAGGAGCUCCGCCAGAACGUGGCCACAGCCAUGGCCAAGUUCCAGGAGCUGGAGGCCCUGCUGGCUACAUUGCCUCAGCUGGGCCCCAAGGAAGAAGCUCGUCUUGCCUGGGUCCAGAGGGAAUUGGAAAGGAAGAAGAGGGACCCAGUUUUCCUGGAGAAGAAGGCCCGCUGCGACUACUUGAAGAGAAAAUUAAGGCACCUCAAAGCACAGAUCCAGAAAUAUGAUGAAAAGGAUUCCCAGGAUGGCUCCAUUUAUUUCUGAACCAGACAUUGCCCAAGCCCGGGCAGAGACAGCUCCAGUAGAUGGGACAAGAUGCUGCUUUGAGAUGCCAGGGAUUCUCUGCAGCCCCCUUUUGCUGAUGAAGGGGGCUGCCUUAGCUAGGGCUGAGAAUAGCAAUUGCUCCUGAGAACCAGGCCAGUCUCAGCUCUCGCCCCCACCCCAGGGGGAUAUCAGUAUUUGGGGAAUGAAUGUUACUAAGCGGCCGGCCCAUGGAGGGUGCACCCAUGGGCUGGGAGUGCGGAGUACUCACAGAAAAAAAAAAACAAAACACUUCUGAGAAGAGGCAGCAAGCAUGAACCUCCCUACAAGGGGACAGGGAGGCUGGGAGGCUCUGCGGGCCUUGACUUAGCCUAACCCUGGGCAAAUCCUUUCUCUUUCAUCUCUUCCUCCUCUCCUUCUGUUUCAUUCCUGUUCAAAAUGGAGUAUGAGGAGAUAUAGACCGUGUGGGCUCUGAAGUCCCAAAUCCAGUUCAGCCCUCCCUCUAGUCCCCAAAAUUCUAUGCUCUAUGGUCCCUCCUAUCUCUGCCAGGAAUAUUCCAUGUUCUAAGGUCUCUCCCAGCACUGAAAUUCUGUGUUCUAAGAUUCUUCCAAGUUCUGACAUUCUGUGU